AUGGCGACUGGAACGCAAAACCCUCCGAGCUCGACAGUCUACGUCAAGAACCUCGAAGAGCGCAUCAAGAUCGAGCAGAUGAAGACGGCCCUCACCGAGAUCUUCUCCGAGUACGGCAACAUCAUCGACCUGGUGGCCAAGUCGAACCUCAAGGCCAAGGGCCAGGCGUUCGUGGUCUUCGACAACCCGGACUCGGCCGCCAAGGCCAUCGAGGAGAUCAACGGCUUCGAGCUGUUCGACAAGCCCAUGCAGCUGGACUAUGCGCGCACGCGGUCCGACGCCACCGUCCUGCGCGAAGACGGCGAACAAGGCCUGGAGAAGUGGAAGCGGGCCCGCCUUGCCGAGAAGGAGCGUCGCCAGGCCAUGGAGGCGACCCAGCAGAAGGCGCUCAAGAGACCGGCCGCCGCGGCCGUGGAGCCCACCGCACCAGGAGGAGGACUGGCCACACGGCCUGCGAAGACGGCCAAGGGCGCCGGCCUCAAGGCAUCGGGCACCAAUGCCGCAGCCAUCAUCCCCGACGAAUACCUCCCGCCCAACAAGAUCCUGUUUUUGCGGGAUCUGCCUGACAGCUACGACGCAGAUGGUCUGAGCCGCAUAUUCAGCCGCUUCGAAGGGUUCAAGGAAGUCCGCAUGGUGCCAGGGCGGAAAGGCAUUGCGUUCGUGGAAUACGAGGCCGAGGCGGGCGCCAUCAGUGCAAAAGAGGCCACGGCUGGUAUGCAACUGGGUGAUGAGGGUAAGGGAAUCAGGGUCACGUAUCAACGAGCUUGA